AUGAUCAAAACCGAAUUGAUUGAUUCAAAGAAGCAUUUUCCCCAACAUAUCGUAAAUAGCAUUUUAUGCAUUAUUCCGUACAAUAAUCGCUAUGCAAAGUCAUUUUUAUCUCUUGCAAAAUUCUUAUGCGAUGAUUAUCAAAUAACAAAGGUCAGAGGUAUACCAACUAUUUCUAACUACAUUUUUUAUAAAGAAUAUGGAAUUAAAUUAUACAAAUCUGAUGAUUUCGAAAAAAUUAAAUUAGAAAAACUUGAUAUUCAUACAGAAAAUACAAUUUACAGAGCAAUUAUGUAUAAUGACUUGAAAGAAUUCAUCAUAUUCACUGAAAGAGAUGGUUUUGAUAAAAAUCAAAAACUUAAAAGUCAAUUAUAUCCAUAUUCUUCUGAUGGAUAUUCAUUACUUGAAUUAUGUUGUUAUCAUGGAGCAGUUGAUUGUUUCAAGUUAUUAAGAACGAAAUUCAGCUCAGAAAUAACUCAAAUAUGUCUACAACUUUCAUUUUUAGGUGGAAAUCCAGAGAUCAUGAGUGAAUGUUUGAAAUAUAAAACACCAAAUGAAAAUUGCAUGAUAUCUGCAAUUAUUUCACACAACAUUGAUUUUGUUUCAUUCUUGAUGAAUGAAUACAAUUUAGAGAUCGAUUUAGAUUAUUGUGCACAGUAUAAUAAUCUUGAAACCUUUUUAGUACAUUUUGAUAAAAAUAAUUAUAUCGACAAAUGCUUAAUUAACUCGGUGGUUUUUAAUAUUCCAUCUCUUUGUGAAUAUUUCAUUUUGCAUGGUGCAAAUAUCCAUCAUCAUAAUUAUUUUGGUUUGACAUCUCUUCAUUUUGCAGCAUGUAACAAUUGCUAUGAAAUAGCAAAACUUCUUCUUUCACAUGGUGCAAAUGCCAAAGAAAAAAAUUAUGAAGGAGUAACACCUCUUCAUAGCGCUACAGUUAAUGAUAGUAAGGAAAUAGCUGAACUUCUUCUUUCAUAUGGCGCUAAUGUCAGUGAAAGAAAAUAUUCAGGAGGAACACCUCUUCAUAGUGCGGCAUAUAAUAAUAGUAAAGAAGUAGCCGAAGUUCUUCUUUCACAUGGUGCAUAUGUCAAUGAAAAAGAUAAGAGGGGCCAAACAGCUCUUCAUCAUGCAGCCAGCAAUAAUAGUAAAGAAACAGCACAAGUUCUUCUUUUGCAUGGUGCUAAUAUCAAUGAAAAGGAUAUAUAUGGAAAAACAUCUCUUCAUAUUGCCACAGAGAAUAAUAAUAAUGAAAUAGUCGAAUUUCUUCUUUCACAUGGUGCAAAUAUCAAUGAAAAAGAUAAAUCUUAA